AUGUCUCAGAUUCUGGUGGAGUACUCCACGUCUGGGUUCAAUGUGAUCAUUCCCCGCGCGGUUGAGGACCUCAACAUUCCACCCGCAAAACAAACUUGGCCAGCCGAAGCAUUCCCACUAGCAAUUUGCGCUCUUUUGCUUCCCAUGGGUCGUUUAUCAGAUAUGUACGGUGGCUUCCCCUUUUAUGUGGCGGGUUUAGUAUGGCUUACCAUGACGGCUGUCGCUGCCGGCUUUGCUCGAAACGAGCUUAUGCUUAACUUAUGCCGCGUAUCCCAGGGUAUCGGAGCAGCAUCGUUUCUUCCCGCCGGUCUCAUGCUUAUUGGUAGCAUCUACCGUCCUGGCCCCCGCAAGAACAUCGUUUUCGCCAUAUACGGCGCCUGUGCUCCUCUGGGUUUCUUCCUAGGAAUCCUAUCCGCCGGACUCAGUCAGGAGUAUGUCAAUUGGAAGCUGUACUUUUGGAUUGGCGGUGGAAUAUCAGCUUCCACCGCUGUCGUGGCGUGGUUCACCAUACCGUCUGACAUCAAGGAGCGCAAAGGCAUGGGUGUCCGGAUGGACUGGAUUGGCUUUUUCACAAUACCAAUAACUGUUAUUCUGAUUGUAUUCGCCAUCACCGAGAGCGCACAUGCAAAGAAAGGAUGGCUUUCACCUCACGUUCUCGGUACCCUCGCUGUAGGUAUUGGAUCUACGAUCAUUACGACAUUUUACGAAGGCUGGAUCGCCACCAAUCCUCUUAUACCCCCAAGUGUUUUCAAAGUUAAGUACAUGAAAGCUUUGAUGUUAUCGCUCCUUCUUGAGUGGGGAGCGUUGAGCAUAUACAUGUACUAUGGUACAUUCUACAUGACGAAGGCAAUGGGCGCAUCAUCUAUCCAAAUUGUUUCUUGGUUCUUACCCAUGGUGGUUGGCGGCGCUAUUAUUGCUCUCGUCAGUGGCAAGAUCUUGGACCGAAUUUCUGGUACCAUUCUCUUGAUUAUCGCAAGUGUCACAUUUAUCGUCGCGCCGUUACUUUUCGCAAUCGCACCUCCAGGAGCCAAUUACUGGGCUUUCACCUUCCCAGCCAUGAUAUGUGCCACUAUUGGUGUCGACACGUCCUUCACGGUCUCAAAUGUCUUCAUCUCGAAUAGCGUUCCGCUCAAGGAGCAAGGCAUCGCGAACGCUAUCAACAGUGCGCUUGUUCACCUUGGCACGGCACUUUUCAUUGGAUGCGCAGAAGUUGUUGCGAUCUCUCAGCGAAAGCACGGCGAAAUCUGGAGCUUCAAAGCGGCGUUAUGGUUUGGAUUCGCUGUAGCAGUAGUCUCGCUCAUCAUCACCCUUGCGUUCGUCAGGAUAAAAGCUGCAACGUCAGACCUCACUGUUGAAGAGAAAAUGACAUACGAGUCGACGACAGAAUUGGUGGAUCACGAUCUGCCUGUUCAUGAUCCGUAUGCUAAGUUAGACUUCCGAAUUCUUUCUUUGAACGCUCUCAGUGACGGAAAGAGGAAUGGUAUGGCAUGA